CGCACUUGUAACUCCUUUGGUGUUGCAGGCAUCCAUUGCCCGCGCUGAUUGCUUACCAUCAGUGGAAUAUGCUAAAAGUGGAAGAUCGGGGUGCAAAGCAUGUAAUGCGACAAUUGAUCAAAAUGCUGUUCGAAUCGCUGUUUUGGUGCAGUCUUCUCACUUUGAUGGCAAGGAAAAAAGAUGGCAUCAUGAAAAUUGUUUCUUUAAAUCAAACCAGCCUGCUUCUACUGCCGAGAUUGGCAAUUUCUGUAACCUUAAGAUUGAUGAUCAGAUGAGAAUUAAAAGUAAAAUUGAAAAAUCAACUGGUAUGGUGGUGCCAGUUGUAAAACCUAGCAAUCCUCAGAAAAGACCUACUGAUCCUGAAGCUGUUUCCAAUGCACAAGCACUUAAAAAGUACAAUAUACAGUGCUGCAAAAGUAACAAGAUUUCUUGUACUCAUUGUGGUAUUAAAAUAUGCAAGGAUGAAAUUCGAAUUUCGAAAAAGGUUAAAAAAAAUAAUCAGAAAAAACCAGAUUUAUUAUCAUACCAUGUCAACUGUUUUGUGAAACUAAGAAACGAACUACAUUUCUAUGCUGGCGGGGACAGUAUACCCGGAUUUAAGACUUUGAAGAAGAAACACAAGGAAAUGGUGUUGGCAGAGAUAAAGCCACUAAAUGAUGACGAAAUACCCAUAAAGAAAAUAAAAAAAGAAACAAGUGAAGAAGACCACAAAAAAAUUGUACAGCAAAAUGAACUAUUUCACAAAUACAGAAAAGCUUUAAGUGAGCUUUCAAAGCAAGAUAUGGAAAAGCUAUUAGAGGCAAACUCCCAGAAGUUACCUCACCGCUCUGGACCUAAUGAGCGUUUGGACCGUCUUGCCGAAUGCAUGGCGUUCGGGAAGUUGGAGCCCUGCGAGGAGUGCAAACAAGGACAGCUGGUAUUACUCACAAACAAAUAUAAAUGCACAGGCAACUUAACUGAAUGGACGAAAUGUUCCUAUGUAACUCAGAACCCGAAAAGAUCACCUAUGGUCAUUCCAGACGAGUUUGCAAAAACGCCAAUCUUUGAGAACUUUACUCCUUGUACUGAUGUAAGACUUUUUGAAACCGCACUCGAACCACAUGCAACAACUGCUACGCCUGUCGAGAUACCGCCGCUAAAAGACCUGCAGUUCUUCUUUUAUGGCGACUUUGACAAUAAGGAACAAAUUCACAAGCGUAUCUUAAAGUUGGGCGGCGUAGUCAUUACUAAGUUAGUCGACACUACCGCUGCUGUGAUCUCUACCAAGGCUAAUGUGGAAAAAAUGCUGUAUAAAAUGCAAGAAAUCCGAUCUAAAGAUAUUCAGGUUAUUGAAGAAACAUUGUUCGAUGUAAUUGAAAAGGCCGGCUCUUGCACUGUCGCUCAGUCAUUGGAACUGAUCAAAGAAAAUAAUAUCGCUGAUUGGGGAUCCGACCCAGCCGCGAGAGUUUCCACUAAAGUAUCAGGAGAAAAUUCUUCAAUUAUGAAGAUAUUAGGAGGAUCAUCUGUAGAUCCAGCUUGCAAACUAAACCUAAGCAAAGUCCACGUAUAUGUGGAUAGUAAUAACACCAAGUACACUGUGGUACUGUCGCUGACUGACAUCGUAGCGCAGAAGAAUUCUUACUACAAGUUGCAGGUGUUGGAAGCCGAUGAUAAGCAAAAAUACUGGCUAUUCACUUCGUGGGGUCGUAUCGGCACUCCGUGUGGUGAUUUUCGCACCGUACCCUACGAGUCUCAAGAAGCUGCAGUCGAAAAGUUCGAAUAUCUCUUUCAGGAAAAAACACAAAAUGAAUGGAGCAAAAGGGGACAAUUUAAAAAAUUUCCAGGGAAAUACUAUCCACUGGAAAUGGACCAUGUGACCGACUUUGCUUCAAACGAAACCCUGGUCGUAAGCGACAAAUGUGCCCUCGACAAGACUAUACAAAACCUUAUCAUUACACUGUUUGAUGUCACUACAAUGAAUAAGACGUUAACAGAAUUCGAGCUCGACACUGGGAAGAUGCCACUAGGAAAAAUAUCCAAGAAUCAAAUUAUUGCUGGAUACAACAUUUUGACGGAAGUUCAAGCAUUAAUUGAUAGUGGAUCUACCGAUAAAAAUAAAUUUAUAGAUGCCACUAAUAGGUUUUUCACAUUGAUUCCUCACAACUUUGGCGCGAAUAAUCCUCCAUUACUGGACAACGCGGAGAUAAUCCGCUCUAAGACGGCCUUGUUAGACAACUUGCUUGAGAUAGAACUAGCUUACAGUUUGUUCAAAAAACGAUCAAAUGAAAACAAUCCCAUAUUAGCUAACUAUUUGAAGUUAAAAGUGGAUAUCGCACUACUGCCGGACACAUCGCCGGAGUACGCGAUGAUAAACGAAUAUUUGAUCAACACCCAUGGACACACCCAUGUGAAAACUUAUACUUUAAACAUUGAAAAGGUAUUCAAAGUGAUUCGUGAGGGUGAAGAUGACCGUUACACGCCAUUUAAAAAGCUUCACAACAGACGCCUCCUCUGGCACGGAUCCCGCACGACAAACUUUGUUGGUAUCCUUUCUCAAGGUCUCCGCAUAGCGCCACCCGAGGCCCCAGUCACUGGCUACAUGUUCGGUAAAGGAGUGUACUUUGCGGAUAUGGUGACUAAGUCGGCAAAUUAUUGUCGUAAAAGCUUUUUUGAUACAGUUGGGUUCCUGCUGCUUUGUGAGGUUGCCCUCGGAAAUAUGCACAAAGUCAUACGUGCAGACCGGUCGCCAUUACCACAGGGUAUGCACUCUAGAUUUGGAGAGGGCGCUACGAUGCCAAACCCUUGUCAUAAUAGAGUUUUGGAUGACGGGACUAUUGUGCCACUUGGUAAACCUAUACGGAUCAAACCAGAUGCACGGGACACGCUUUAUUAUAACGAAUUCAUCGUUUACAAUGAGGCACAAAUCAAAGUGCACUACUUGUUGCAGGUCAAGUUCAACUACCUCGAGAAACCAAUAACAAAUUAGUCAGGAAGUUUAUCAUUUCUUUCAAUUGUAGUUGACGUUUUGACUUACAAAACGGCAUUUUACAAACCUUAUAAUUUUAUCUAAGUAAAUAAGUGGCUUUCGAGUAUAGGGCUUACAAAUGUGAAACUAUUUUUAAAACUACAAAUUUAUAGGCAUUAG